ACCGUUCCUUGCCGCCGCUAUCUCAACAUCUUGCAUCCGAACCCACCGUCUAACGAUCCAACGUUGAACUUGACAUUCGAUAUCGAAUACACCAUCUUCAAUAUUUUCACAGUACUCCUCCAGCCGGACCUCUUUGACAAGCAGCCGCCCUCAAAACGCUACCCUACUCUCUGUGUUCCCCCAGAGUAUUGCGACGUAUUGAGCGAGCAUCGAGCCCUUCCUAACCAGAAGAACUGACCAUAAAGAAGACCCUUGAGCUUUUGAGAGAACUGACUACUACCAAGCUACGCAGUGUUUAGCAGGGCCUCGCCCGAUACUCACUUGACAAUGCAGCACGACACACAGACGAUUCGUGCCCGUCGGCCGCCGCACCUCAACUUACAUCAGCGGACGAAUAUCAUGCAGAUGCCUCAUUUCGCGCCUUUUGAUGUAACUACCUCACAGCAGACUGCCUCGUACCCCGAGCCGCUCUCAGCAACGAGCCAUGGCUCCUUCAUGACCGGCACACCUCGCGAGUAUAGCUCGCCGACCGACCGCUCUGCCGUCGACGAGAACGAAGCCGAGACGAUCCGACCGAUACGCAGAAAGGAAAACAGCGUCGACCGCUCGCUCGAGACGCUCACCAACGCAUUCGACAGCUAUCAAGAACUAAAGGUGGAGACUGGCAUCUCAUCCGAAGAGGUCCACUCCUACAUUGACGGUCCCUCCACGUCGACGGGACUGUGGACGUGCACGUUCCAGAACUGUGGGAAAGAGUUCUCUCGCAAAGAGAACGUCAAGUCCCAUGUACAGACGCACCUCAACGACCGCCAGUUCCAGUGUGAAGAGUGCAAGAAGUGCUUCGUGCGCGCGCACGAUCUCAAGCGCCAUGCCCGCAUCCACCUCACAGACAAGCCUUACAUCUGUCCCUGCCAAAAGGCCUUUGCGAGGCAAGAUGCUUUGACGAGGCACAGACAGAGAGGGAUGUGCGAGGGUGCACUGGACGGCGUGGUGAGGAAGUCUGCCAAGCGUGGCAGGCCAAGGAAGAACCCCGAGAUUGAUGGUGACCGACGCGAGAGGAAGGCCAGGACGAGGCGGCAGAACAACAUGUCGAUCAGCUCCGUGUCGACAGUGUCGACCGUUUCAACAUAUACCGACAGUUCCGCCGCCGCCUCACCUGAGCAGAUGCUCGACUUUCACUCCAUGGUGAACCUCCAACACCUCUCGCACGAUGUUCAGCAGAUGACGAUUCCGGAAUUCGACAACAGCGCAACUUCGUCGGCGCCCAUGCCAACCGGGCGCCCCUUUAGCCAGCAGGUUUCAACACCUGUGAGGUCAAGAUCAAUGGUCAAGAGGGAGUCAGUGGACUUUACGUCCUUCUCGAGUCCUCAGCCAUAUCUUCAGCCAGCAUCAAGUACCCCAAGUCAGCAAACUCUGAUGAGCGACCCGCUACCGCAGCCAUGCGUCUCGCCCGCGGUGCUCAUGGGUGUCACCCCUACCAGCAUGGACUCGCACCCGGGAGUGUUGACGUCGCCAUCUGAUGUAUCCUCAGGUCAGCACUCACAAGGGCCUGAAACGCCCUUCCUGUCAUUAGACAUGGACUUGAGUCAGCCUGAAGGCUUUGGCGACCUGCCGGAACUCACAGCAAGCAGCAGCUUCGGCUCGCUGGACGAUAUCAACGACCAGCUCUACAGCUUCGAUGAUUUCCAGGCACAGAUGACUGCGGAGACCUUCUUUGGUAGCAAUGGGGAUGCCCACGCUAACCUGUACAUUGAGCAAUGGCGACUCGAUCAAGCCCUCGGUGGUUUCCAAGACGGAGGAAUGUCUAACGCGAUGUGGAGCGACAAGUGAACCCCCCAUUUUCGACCCUACGAACGACGAAACGAAUCUUCUUCCUGUAUUUUGGGUGACACUUGGUCGGCUUCAGCGUGGCGUUAUGGAGGAUGGGACAGUUGAUGGGGACGCAAGAGCCCCCCGCUGUCGGAGUUGAAAAGGAUAUGGUUUUGGUUUUGGUCUUGAUCUUCGACUCGGAUACAGUCAAAUGGAUGGAAGCCCUGGAUGCGGCACCUUUUGCGAUUUUGUGUAUUUUGGCCCGUGCAUGAUGCGAUGUUUAUUGACUGUGUAUAUCAACUUGAGUGGGAUCACAAAUGGGGAGGUUUGGUAAUACAAUGGACAAUUCCGACAUAACAAUACUGAGAAUUUACCAAUCAAAUUGUGUUUGCUUCCAGUGAUACCAACUUGUGAGCUUUUCUAAAGCGUGGCGUCGGAUAGCGACUUGUUGACGAGUCACUGGUGCGGGC